CCACCGCCAUGGCCUUCCUCCGCCCCUUCCAGGUCGCAGACCCCCUCCUUCAGCGCGCAUCAGCCUACCGGAGCACCCCACGCCUCAUAACUUGCUCCAACAGUUACAGACACUUCACCCAGCGCUCCUUCCAACCACAACAAUCCUCAACAUCAGCAGCUCCAAAGCCAACCUCUCCCACACCAACUCUUACACCAGCUGCUGCCCGCGCCGCCGAGAUUGCCAUGCAGAAAACGCCAACCAGCGCAACAACUCCCAACAUCUCUAAAACCGGCCUCUCCGACAAACCGCUCGAGCUUGACAACACGCCCGCUGAGAAGAUCGACUGGACGCGCUCGUUUCACGGUCUCUCCGCCGAGCCAUUUCCCAAAGAAGUAGCAGAUAUUCUUCUUGCUGAGACGGACCCCGACGAAGUCGAGAUUAAGCCCGAUGGCAUUCUGUACCUGCCGGAGAUUAAGUACCGACGCAUCCUGAAUAAGGCGUUUGGCCCGGGAGGGUGGGGGCUUGUUCCUAGGAGUGAGAGUAUUGUCACGCCGAAAACUGUAACGAGGGAGUAUGCUCUUGUUUGUAAUGGGAGGCUCGUCUCCGUAGCCCGGGGCGAACAGGACUACUUCUCACCUGAUGGAAUCCCUACCGCAACAGAGGGGUGUCGCUCCAAUGCCCUUGUGCGGUGCUGCAAAGACCUCGGAAUCGCCAGCGAGCUCUGGGAUCCGCGGUGGAUUAGGAAGUACAAGGCUCAGUAUACGCGUGAGGUUUGGGUUGAGCAUGUGGUUAGUAAAAAGAAGAGCAAGAUUUGGAUCCGCAAGGAUGAUCCCGUCGGGUAUCCCUGGAAGGAGACGAGGUAGGAGCGGACCCGGAACCGGGCCAGGAAUCCGAAUCUAGAAGACGUUGGAUUAUGAAUCGGGCGUUUAGGUAAGAUAAGCUGAUGGCAGGCUGUAUAUUGCAUUCGGGACUGCUUUGCUGUGAUACCCAUAUACUGCACUUCCCAGCAGUCUGGGAUAGUGAAUUGCUGUGCGAUAUAAGAAAUCUCCCCAAGCAUUAAUAGCAUCUAACUUUGUUUGAAA